AUGAAAAGCAUCAACUUUGUGACAGGAAAUAAAAACAAGCUUGCCGAAGUGCAGGCAAUACUUCAGGGUACCAUCGAGGUCGAGAGUGUAUCUGUCGAUGUCCCUGAGCUGCAGGGAACGAUAGAAGAUAUCGCUAGAGAGAAAUGUCGCAAAGCCGCUGAAGCAGUCAACGGGCCUGCAUUGACAGACGAUACUGCCCUAGAGUUUAAUGCACUUAACGGCCUACCAGGACCGUAUAUAAAAUGGUUUCUCGAGAAGCUAGGCCAUGUUGGACUCAAUAAACUGGUUGAGCCAUACGAGGACAAGUCCGCUGUAACGGUUGCUACGUUUGCCUUCUGCGCCGGACCAGGACAGGAGCCAAUUCUCUUUCAAGGAAGAACUGAGGUGAGUGAGAUAUAUAAAGAUUGCUACUGA